UAAAAUUUACAGUAUCAAAAGCUAACCAGUUGAACGCACAAGCUACUGAUAACGUCCUAGUAAAUAAGUCUGGGUGUCAAGUUGGAGCUGCAUCAUGGAGGGAGAGGAGACAAGUGUGUCGGUAAGCAGCGAGCGGGGUUACUACGUGCUGGGUCAGGUCGUGAGCCAGGUGGAAGACCUCAUCCACGAGUUCAAAGGUCACUGCAGUAUCUCCAUUCAUGAUAUCCAAAACAUGUCUCUCCCAAGGAGCAACAGUGAAAAGCGCACCCAGAAUUCUGUCUCCAUAUCCAUUGCAGCCAUGUUGAACACCGGUCAAGGUGGCACCAUCUAUCUGGGAGUUACUGACAGUGGCCGGGUGAAUGGUUUGUCUCUCACCAGGUACCAGCAGGACCACAUUGAGAUGUCUCUGAAGUGGACGCUGGAGAGAUAUACACCACCUGUGUCAGAUUCCCGGUAUUGUGUCAUCUUUGUGCCUGUUUUUUCCAGUAAGACCCUCAUUCCUACUCACCAUGUUGAACAACACCUCGACAACGAGCGACGCAACCGACCUCAUUACGUGGCCAGUUCCAACUCUUGCUGGUGUGAUAGGGACGCCUGGGCACAGCAGUCUCUGGGUAAACUUCCACUGUUAUACGUGGUAGAAAUCCACAUACGACCAUGGGAUCCCCACAACAUGCAGGUGGCCAGGAAUCCGCAAGCCCCAUGGACAUCUCCCUUCCCUCCCAUCCACCUCACUGAGGCCAAUUGCUGCUACUUCAGGCAGAGUUGUCAUCAAUGUAAAUUGUGCCUCGAGGAUGUGAGGCAGAUAUUGAUGCACCGCGUUCACGAGCACUACAGGCUCAAGCUGACCGCCCUCCACCAGCAGCAAGAGGAACUCCUCCACCUGAUGCACCAACAUGGUGUAAACCUCCCAUCGCCCACACAAUGAACCAUAAGUUUUAUUCUGGACUAAUACUUUUAGAUGUUAGCUACAACUGCACACACACACAUAUUUAAGGAUAUGGAAUAUAUUUUGUGUAUACUAACAGUGCUUAAAGUUGGGCAAUAAAGUGAGAUGUAUAAAACUGCUCUACUGUAGUACUAUACAUAUAAAUAGGUCACACAAGAAUAAACCUGAACAAAAUUUACCAUGAACGAUUAGACCUAAGCAGUUAUAAUAACAAGAGGUUUUAUUUUCUCUUUUUACCUUUUAUUCUUAUUUCUAUUUUUUCACUUAAUUUUACUCUUUCUUUAUACUCUAAUUCUCUUUCCUUUUCUUAAUCUUUCUCUGUUCUUUAUACUCGUGAGUUGGGGGAAAGGUAGGGGUGGAGGGGAGGUGAGAAUUGAGGAAGGAGGGAGAGAGAGUGACUUGUUUUUGGCUGAGAGGAGGUGGGGGGUUUGCCUGUGGUCACUCCCACCACCAGAGGGUAAUCUUAUAUGAGAGGAAAGGACAGACGCAGCAUCGAUAGUAUCCACAGUGACCACCAUCCCAUCCGUACUAACACCUCUGUGAACUGUUAGGUUGUACCUUUGCAUGCUUCCCUCACUCCACCAGGUUCGGCAUGACACGUCUACAUUGGUGGGUGCCUAUGGGGCGGAUCCUUAAUAGAGCUACCAAGGGACAGAGGUUUUCCAGGACAUAAUGUUUCACUCCUCCUCUUUGUUUCUAGAAGCUGUCAUUCACAAGUAGUUUGGAUGUUACGAACGCUAACUGUAGCCGACACGUUGACUUCGGAUGAACACAUUUAAGUUCAACCCCUUCCUGCCCAGCCAAUUAAGGCAAGGCCCCUGGGUCAAGGAGAGGCACCAAGUCUGCUCCGUCGUCCCUAGGUGUUUGCUUCUAACCCGAUGACUGUGGUACCAACAAAACUCGAGGUCAAGCUCACUGGCCUGCAAUUAUUUGUGCAGUGGCAAUCUCCCUGUUUGAAUAUAAGACUCACAUAUUCCAUUUUCCAGUUGAAUACUUUGGCAAAGUCUAGGUACAGUAUAAAGUAUAUUUUAAAUAUGGCCUCCAUGCUCCAGGCUGUGUUCACACCUCCAGCACCUUAAGUACAUACAGUAAUUGUGUUAAGCAGAAUAUUG